AUCGCGAAAUUGUCUCUAGCGACCAAGCUAGUAUUUAAACUGGGUACGAUCCUAAUUUCGAUAUCAGUCUUGUAACCGCAAGAACAAACUACCAACAUGUACAAACUGGUUGUAUUCGCCGCCCUCCUGGCUCUCGCCGCCGCCAAACCAGGCAUCCACUCGGUUGCCUACCCCGCGGUUGCUGCGUAUACCGCGCCAGUAGCUGCCGCGUAUGCUGCACCAGUAGCCGCCGCGUACACCGCACCAGUUGCCGCCGCGUACACCGCGCCAGUUGCCGCCGCGUACACCGCACCAGUAGCUGCCGCGUACGCCGCCCCUGUUGCUGCUGCGUAUACAGCGCCAGUAGUCGCUGCCGCAUACAGAGCUCCCGUUUUACUUAAAUGAAAUCCACGAAUUAAAGAACUGAUGUAAAUAAAUACGCUUAACUAGUAAAA